AUGACAUCGUAUCCAAUACUUAGUGAUGCAACAUUGUCAUUAUCAAAUAUUUCUACUGAAAUUUAUCCAAUUAUAACUUCAAUUCGAUCUGAAUGGAAUUCAACAAAUACUAAUCUAAUCAUAUUUAAUAAUGGUUUAUCAAAUAUAACGUUUGGUUUGUUUGAUACACGACUUACAAAUGAUGAAUCUCAAGGAUUAGUUAUUAAAUUAUUUGGUACAAGCUCAGACUUAUUUAUUGAUCGACAAUCAGAAAUCAAAACAAUGAUUGAUUUAUAUAAUAAAGGAGUCAUAUCACAGCGUAUACUUAUAAAAUUUAAGAAUGGUAUUAUUUAUGAGUAUAUACCAGGUAGAAUAUGUUUACGAGAAGAUAUAUUUAAAGAAAAUAUUGCAAAAUUAAUGGCAACUAAACUGGCAUUACUUCAUUCUGUACCUAUUGAGCAGACAGAAAAAUCAUUUCUUAUUCCGGCUUUACGAAAAUUUGUUGAAAUACUUAAGAAUUAUGAACAACCAACAACAAAAGAAAUCUUAGAUAUUUCAGUAGAUAUUGAUUUAAUCGAAAAAUCUGUUCUUCCUCGCCUACUUUCAAAUACACAAAUAGGAAAUAAUCUUGUUCUAUGUCAUAAUGACCUUGUUCGAAAUGUAAUUUAUGAUGAAAAAACAGAAAAUUUAUCAUUUAUUGAUUUUGAAUAUACACAUAUAAAUUAUGCUUUUUUUGAUAUUGCAAAUCUUUUCGUUCAAUAUGCUGAUACUGAUAAUGAAUACAUUCGUAUAUAUCCAACACGUCAUCAACAAAAAAAAUGGUUAACAACUUAUUUUGAAGUACGUGGAUUAAAUGAAGUAAUAAUCGAUGAUGAUUUAUGUUAUGUUAUUGAUCAAUUUGCAAUACUUUCACAUUUAUUAAUGGCACUUGAUGGAUUUGCACUAUUACAUUUAUCAAAAUCUAAAUUUGACUUUCUUAGUUAUGCAAAAGCUAAAUUAGAUUGUUAUUAUAAAUUAAAAUCAAAUCUUUUUCAAUCGCAAUAA